AUGCCACUAAUAAAAAGGGCAGUUUCUCCUGUAGAUGUAAGUCGUGGCAGAAUCCCUCCUAAUCUUCAACAUGAUGAACUACAAUGCGUUGCUAACGGAACUUUAGCUAAUCUAAUCCGUCAACUCAGUUCUUUAAGUAAACAUGCUGAACAUAUUUUUGGAGAAAUAUAUCUAGAAGCUAUGAAGUUAGAGCACAAGUCUAACGUUCUAGAACAAAGAAUUGAACGGGUAAGAAGUAAAGUUUCUCAACUGGAUUCUAAUAAUGAGCAAGCAACUUUGGGCGAAGUUCAGAUGAGAAAAGCUUUCAAGAGUUCUAUGUUAAUCGAUCAACACACUCUCGAUCGAAGUACUUUACCUGUUUCGCUCACAGAAGCGUACACUAGGUGUGAUCGCCCCCCUAACUUGGAUGCAUUGAAUCCAUACAGAGAUGAUCCAAAUGUCAAUGCUUUAUCACUCUACACUAAUCCCUCCUUCUUCUUUGAUUUGUGGAGGCAAGAAAUGCUUAAGGAUGUUGAUACCAAAAGACGAGUCAAAUCUCCAACGGACGGUAACAAAAGUCCUAAGAAAAAAAGACGAGCUGUCCCGCAGCAGGACCCCAAUAGACAAGCAUCUAGAUAUAAUACUUAUGUUCGUGCACCUCCAGGUGCUUUAUCUUUCCCUGAAGAGUAUCAAGCUCCGCAGGCGCUCGGACUACAACUGAAUCGACCUCAAAACCAAUACCAGCAGUUCCAAGCCAACUCUUCCCUUCUUCCCCCUAUUGGAAUGAGUGUGCAUGCCCCACCGAUGGAUAACAAACCUCAGCCUCCUACAACCGUUAAGAGAGAUUUACCACCACCGGAUCUCUCCUUACUAUCCAUUGAUGACGAUGAUGAUUUGCCACCACCACCACCUCCUUUGAUGCAUACAUCAAUAGUUCAACAGAUCCCUUCACCCCCACAAAACAAUAUUCAGUUUGUUCAGAGUGACAAUCAAAUGGUGCCACCCCCACCUCCACCUCCUCCUCCACCUCUUACAAUGUUACCUUCAACUAAUGCGGCUACUUUUGCUACUUCUGUAGCAGUUGAAGAAAAGCAAAAAGAAGAACAAAGGAGUGAUCCAAGAAGUGAUCUCCUUUCACAGAUUAGGAAAGGUCUUGAGCUCAAAAAGGUUCGACGAGCUGAAGAAGAAGAGGCAGAACGGGUUGCAACUGAGCAGAAUGAUGUGGCUGCUAUUUUGAAAAGAAGAAUGGAGCACGUUCUUGGUAAUGAAGAUGACUCCCAAAGUAGCGAAUGCGAUGAUGAUGAAUGGGAGGACUAA